AUGCUGAGCCCCAGGCGAGCAUCCCGAGGCUUCUUUCUUGAGGGUGGUGCCUUCGCCACAGAGGGUCCAACUGGAAACGCACCCGCGGGGAGCAGCGACGUAGCCCGUGGGCCGUCCCCCUGGCCGAGGACAGAGAAGCCACGCCCCGGAACUAGCCUUCCAGCUCCCUCAGCCGAGAGCUCGGCUUCCUCGCGCGGCGUCCGCGUCCUGGCUUCAGCGUCCUUGGUUCAGGGCGCCGCCGUGCGUGGCGGAAGCGAGGCUCUCUGCGCGGUAGGCCUGGCGCGCCGGCGGCUUAGGUUCCGGCUCGGGAGACAAUGGGGUUGCCAUGGGAACGGAACGCCGCCGGCUGAGUCGGGAGCGUCGGCGCCAGUAGCCAUGGCGACGCGGGGCACUUCCGGUCCGGAAAAUCCCGGGCGGCUCCCGGGCGCUUCCGCCGCUUACGGUCUCCGCGAGCGGGAGGCGCGCACCGUGGAGCUCGUCCCCAAGCUUCCUUUUGCUGCGGUUGCGUCGUCCGCUCCUGUUUUUCUGAAAGGGACUUUAGCUUUCAGGCACGAAGAUGCAGGAAGAGGAGCGAAAUCCCGUCUCAGGAUAGAAGAGGGCGCUGGGCUCCACGACCCCGCUUACGUAAAGCUGCUGCGUACGGGACUAAAUGGGCGCCCCUUUCGGCGCCCCUUGGCGCACCCUGCAUCCCCGAAGUCCCCCCAGGUGCUCUGGCUCUCCAGACUGGAGAGGAAAGGCCCCGAGGUAACUGUUGAUGGUGUCAGCACCGUCUGUGUUGCCUCUGCCGUUCCAGGUUGAAGUUUAAUUGCUCUUGAUCCAAGACUGCCAAAAUAGAUUUUCUGCAGUUAGGUUGGAAGAGCUAUUUAAAUGAGUUUGUUUAAAUAUCUCUCAAGUGAAACCUGAAGGGCAUUGUAACUUAUAGUUUAAAUCUGUACCCUCAAGAUCCUGCACCAAAAUUUUAGAAAGAUCCCGCCCUCUUUAUUUUGUUUCCUAAGAGAACUCACAGCGUGGAACAAAGGUGAGAGCCAUGAGCUCCACUUCAAGAUUGCAGGGCUCUGGUUUUGACUCCAUGUGGCCUGGGCCAAAUCACAGCUCUGGAGUCUCAGUUUUCUUGCCCAGACAAUGAGAGUAUUUGUUACCACUUGUUUUCCCCAACCCCUCCCAGUCCCCAGGAUUCUGUGCGGCAAACCGCAGAUUUUUUGUGAGUAUGAACGGUAUUUAACACAUAUGGGGAUAAAAAGGAAGAGCUGGUUUCCUGUUCCCUAACACUGAUUCCCCCUUAACCUUGUUAAGUUGGUCUUCAUCACACUGAAAAGUUUUAAUGUUCUCAUUUUAGGAAUUGGCUAGGAGGUUUUUUUCUAAGUAUAUGAAACGUUACUUUUGGUUCCUGAACACCAGCUUCUACCCAUCACUGCGAAGUGAGGUAACAGGACAAGUCCUGAAUUCCCAUUCUAAAAAUGAGUCUGGUUUCACCUCCAUUUAAUUAGCUUUGACCUUGGGGAACCUGACUGGCUCAGUUGGCGUUUGCCCUUGACAGAGUCCAGGGUUCGAGCCCCACUUCAGGCUCCCUGCUCAGUGGGAAGUCAUCUCCCUCUGACCCUCCUCCCUCUCGUGCUCACUCCCUCUCUCAAAUAAAUAAAUAAAAUCUUUAAAAAAUAAUAAUAAUUAGCUUUGACCAGAAGCAAUUCACCUGUAAAAUUAGAAGUCAGAUUAAAAAAAAAAA